AUCACAAGGGUAGUUUACGAACAAAUUUCCUUUAAUGGGCUGACCAUUUUUAUGUUUUUCUCCCAUAUAUAAGCCAUCAUCGUCGAUCAAUAAUUUUGACGAACCAAUUUUGAUCAAGAAAAUCUGUUACUUUGUGAAAUUUUUUAUUUUAUUUUGAUUUUGUUUUGAAACGAACCAAACAAACAAACUCGACGAACUCAAAAAAAUGGCCAUCCAAUUUCAAACAUUCGAAUAUAAUAUUAUUCGUUCGAUGGCGACUAUUUCGAUCAUUUCAUUAAUCAUCAUAUCUGUUUAUCAAUUAAAUCUAAUAUUGGAAUUAUUAAAACGAUUGACCGAUGAUUUUGAAGAAUUAGAUUCAAGAUAUCAACGUUGGAUUGGUAAAAAUUCAUCCAUCGCUAAAUUAAUGUGGGAACCAUUACGAAAUGGUGCACAUUCAAUGUUGGAAAGACAUGAACCGGCAAUCCUAAUGAAUGUUGUCAUUUAUUCAUCGGUAAUCGCAUUAUCAAUUGUUGGUUUAGUUGCCGCUAUACGUCGACAUAAAAUUAUGUUAACAAUAUAUGCAUUUGCAUUGAAUCUAAUCUAUCUAACAAGCUUUAUUUAUUGUGCACGUGUACCAUCAUUUUAUUGUUCGAUUAUUGUAUUUGUAUCGAUUAUUGUUUAUUUACGAUCACAUCAUUUAUGGUCGAAAAAUUCUGAAGAUAAAAUCCAUUUAAUACAGGCUAAAUUAUCAUCAUCAUCCGAUCAUAAUCAUCAUCAUCAUAAUCAUAGCAAUAUUGUCUGAAACUUGACUAUCUUUUUCAUUGUAAAAAUACAUUAUCAUUAUCAUUCCAUUUUUCAAUUUUUUGU